GAUGGGGGUGAGGAGGAAGCAAGUUUCAAGUUUUGGGAUCUCUCCUCUUGUUGGUGAUGUGGUGAGUUGCAAUAUUGUAAAAUCAUGGUGUGCUGAUUAUGUGCCUUUAUUUGAUACUUUAUAGGUCACUAUCACAUGACAAAGACUUUGAGACAGCUUCAUCUUCGUUGGUCUGUAAUUUCCAUUUGCCUUUCUGGAACCAGUGCUACGCACCCCCAUUGUGCAGUCUGCAGAGUAGACUCAGGGAUAUUCAGGUCACAGUAAUGAAAGGCAGUAGUAGGAAUAAGGAUCACUCAACAGAAGGUGAAGGAACUGGGAAGAGACCAAAAAGGAAGUGUCUUCAGUGGCAUCCCCUGCUGGCCAAGAAACUCCUUGACUUCUCUGAAGAGGAAGAAGAGGAAGAAGAAGAGGAAGAUAUUGAUAAGGUGCCGCUCCUUGGCCCUGAUGGUUUAGAGCAGGAUGCUGAUGAGACUGAAGAUGACGAGUCCUCAGAGCAGCGAGCUCGCCGACCAAUGAAUGCGUUUCUCUUGUUCUGCAAACGGCACCGCUCUCUUGUGCGGAAAGAGCACCCUCGCCUCGAUAAUCGUGGCGCAACCAAGAUCUUGGCAGAUUGGUGGUCUGUUCUAGAUCCAAAAGAAAAACAGAAAUACACUGACAUGGCCAAGGAGUACAAGGAUGCAUUUAUGAAAGCAAACCCAGGGUACAAGUGGUGCCCCACAACCAACAAACCUGUGAAAACCCAGGCAUCCAGUGUUACAAACAGGAAAAAGCUAUGGGCCAUUGCAUCAGACUCUGCAAAAGACUUACCGAGCCCAAGGAAAGUAACCAAAAGUGAAGAAAUGCCACAACUUAACUUUGGGAUGGCAGAUCCUACACAAAUGGGAGGCCUGAGUAUGCUGCUUCUAGCAGGGGAACAUGCACUUACUGCACAAGAGGUUUCCUCCAGUACUUGCCAGUCUGAUACAUCUAAUUCUACAGAAGCCUGUCAGAAGUCAUCAUUGUUUCAGUUUGCAGAGAUCUCUUCCAACACGUCACAGCCUGGAGUCCUGGGGGCAGUAAAACAAACGGAGGAGUCUGCAUUGUUUCAGUUUGCUGAGAUCUCAUCAAACACUUCCCAGCUGCCAAGUCCUGAGCCAGUAAAGCACUGUGGGAAGUCGGCACUCUUCCAGUUGGCAGAGAUUUCUUCAAGUACAUCCCAUUCAGGGGCUUCCGAUUUAACGAAACAGUGUGGAACAUCAGCAUUAUUUCAGCUGGCAGAGAUGUGCCUUGCUUCAGAAGGAGUAAAAGUGAAAGAACCUGGGAAAACAAAAGUGGAAGCACUGGAAGAUGAGGAAGGGGAAGUUUCAGAGGACAUGGAAGUAGAACUGGAGAAAACAACAGUAAAAGACUCCAGUAAUAGAAAAGUAGACCAAUCAGAGAUAGAAAAAUUGCAGAAUCCAGAUGAAACAAAAGCUGAGGAAUCAGAAACUGCAAAAUGCAGAGAUUUUACUAGUCUUGCAAUGGAAAACAGUCCUUUUGAGAGAAAGGAUAACACAAAGGAUCACAUGUGCCGUUCUCCAGAGCUUUUCAUGAGUGACAUGACUAUCCUUGGGCUAAAGCCAGAAAAGAUAAAGAAGAAAAAGAAAAAAAAUAAGUUGGACCGGCACACAAAUGAAAAAUCCACCCCCAAAAAAUCUUGUAAAAAGAGGCAGUCCUCCGAGUCGGACAUUGAAAGUGUCAUGUACACAAUUGAAGCCGUGGCCAAGGGGGACUGGGGUGCUGAGAGACUUGCGGAUACUCCCCGCAAAAAAAACCGCCCUGUCUCAAAUGUGAAGGGAAGCAUGUUGGAUACAAAAUCACCAAAGAAAAAAGUGAAAUCAAAAGAAAAGAAAACAUCAAAGGAGAAACCAAUGGAGACCGCCAAAGAAUCCAAGCCUCCCGAUUUCCUUAGUAUUGAAGCCAGCAAGGAAGUACCGUGUGAGGCUCCUGAUAACAUUAAAGUGGAACCACUGACCCCAACAGAGGAGGUGGUACCCCAAAGCUUACCAGAACAGAUCAAAACUGAGGACAGUGACUGUGUUAAAAAGAUAGAAACCUGUGGCUCCAGGAAAUCGGAGAGAUCUUGCAAAGGUGCUCUUUAUAAAACUCUGGUGUCAGAGGGCAUGCUCACAUCUCUGCGCGCUAAUGUGGACAGAGGAAAAAGAAGCUCAGGAAAAGGUAACUCCUCUGAUCAUGAAGGAUGCUGGAAUGAAGAAAUCUGGGCCUUUUCCCCAAGUGGGACAAGUGGGAACAAAAAGCUGAAAAAGACUAAGCCAAAGGAAGAGUUUGUUUUUGGCUUAGCAAAAUUGGAAGAAGAAUUUGCAAAGAAAUUCAACAGCCUUCCUCAAUACAGUCCUAUUACCUUUGACAGGAAAAAUUCAUCUGUUUCGAGGAAAAAGCGAAAGAUUGGAAGCGGCUCAUGUGAACUACCAAAAUCCAACAAAGGUUCAUUCCAGUCUCAGAAAAAGAACUUAUUCCACAAAAUUGUCAGCAAAUUUAAGCACAGAAAGAAGCUUAAUGUUCCGGACACAGCCAUACUAUUAGAAGACAGAAAUUCCAGUGAGAGUGCCUGGAAGAAUAAAAUUUCUAUAUCUGCCCUAAACACUCCAGAGCCAGCAAUGAUGCAUGAGCCUUUAGUUGGCAGCCAGAAAAGGAAAGCAAGGAAAACUAAGAUCACGCAUCUUGUCCGAACAGCAGAUGGGCGAGUGUCACCAGCAGCAGGGACACUGGAGGAGAAGCCAAAAGAGCUGCCACAAAGUACUCUUCAAAAAUCAUCAAGUGCAGAAGCAGACUGCAACAGUGAAUGCUCCAGAAACACGGAGACAGAAGAAAAUCAUAGUAUUACGUCAGAUAUGCCAGCGGUGUCUGCAUUCUUUAGCUUAGCUGCUCUGGCAGAAGUAGCAGCCAUGGAAAACGUACAUAGAAGUCAGAGGGCCACACCUCUCCCACAUGAUGGACAGCCAAAUGAAAUGUCUCAGACUCCAGUGCUUAUUUCCUGCGCUGACCAGUGAAGCUCCACUUUAUUGUAAAACAUUGUGCUUUACCUAAUAUCCUAGCCUUGUCUUUACCAAGGGAAGCUAGUCAGUCCAUAUGAUGGAACUAGAGACUGCAAUAAAGUGCUUAUUGCUCUGAGUGGCCCAGAAUUCACUGGAAGCCAGACAUUAGCAACUUGGGCCAGGACCUCAAAUUGGAACCCAGUAUGUAGGAGGGUGAUACUGUCUAUUAAUGAACUGAAAUGGAGUGGAAUGAUCCCAGAGCUUGCUUUCUAUUGAAGGCUUUUAAACAGUAAACGGGUGGUUGGUGUGAAAAAGGCUGCCUUUACUGUUAGCUCACACAGCAUCUCUUUUACCAACCAGAGAGUACGACAACUAGUUUCAUAUAAUAUCUAGUUAUUCUAAAUGAAAAAGAAAAAAAAAAAAACCCAACAAAAACACUGACGCACUGCACUAGUUACUAUUAGAUAUUCUUAGUCAUUUUUGUACAUGAAGAUUUAAGUUCUAAGAUGGUUUAUAUUAAUAGGUUAUGCCUACGUUUAUAUUGUAGAAUGAAUUUAAAACCUGUUCCAGAGAACUCAAGGCAGCCUGGACAGAUGUACCAUUGUUAGCGGUGUUUGGGCAGCCACGUGGUCCAGAUGUUCUGCACUUUUAUAUUUGCCACCGGAGUGGUAGAGUUUACUGGGAAAAGUUCUGACAGGCUACGUUUGGGUUUGUUUCUUUUUAAUUUAGCUUUGAAUAACCAGGAUGAUGUGCAUUAGAAAAAGGUGUGGUGUAUGGAGAAGAAAAUAUUGCAGAUAAUUGACUUGUCUUUCAUGCCUUGGAGGGUUCCUUUAUUUUUGCAUAGAUAUCUGAGCGACUUGGUGAAACUUUCCUGUAAACAAAAAGUACUGCAAAUGCGUUUUUCAAAAGUGACCUUAGUAUUAUUUCACAGUUCUGAAUAACUUAAAACCAUGACGUUUCGAUAUAGUGUACACCAAUACGCAUACCUUUUGCAUUUUACAGACACUGGCAUUGUUGUAGUUACUAUGCACAGUCCAAAUCGGCUUCAGGGUUUGCAUAAAGGGCCAACUACAGUUUGUGUUGGUAAAGUGGAAAGCUGUAUAGAGUUAAACUACAACUGAAGAGUAGCGUUUGACUGAAUUCAGACUACAAAACAGAUCCAUCUGCCAGUUUCUGUCUCUGCUUGUGUUGAAUUUUUGUGUUUUGCCGUCAUAAAUACAUCCCAAAAGCAGGCCAAGUGUAUCACUUGGCCUGUUACCUUCACUAUUCUGACUUACACUAUUGUUUAACCAAGCAUUGAUUCCUACCAAUAGAUGCAAAAUGAUCACCAGUAAUUGAUCUAAAGCUACAAAUUCAACAGGGUACUUCUUCUAUAGCACAAGAUGUUUCCCUACUUUUUGCAUUGUAGCACAACAAUUUACCAAAUUGGACUCCAGCAAUAAUUUUCUAUUAGUCUUCGUCAUACCGGCUGAACUUUUGAUAGUAUUAGAUUGAGUUUGAAGUUCUUUGAAUUAAGUCUUUAAAUGAUGCAAGUUUACAUCAUUCUAUCAGGCAUUCUUAUUUAUACUUGACUGAAUUGAUAAUGUGUUUUGAGGUUAUUUUGUAACUAAUUUGAUGUAAUAGCCAUAUGGACAGUAAUUAUUAAUGCUUGCUAGGUUUAGCCUUUCAUUGUUGUAGUUAAGUGAAAGUCUCUGGUUCAGUGUCAGGAAACAACAUACAGUGUACCACAAGAGUUUUAAGAAAGGAUUAAAGGUCCGACAAAAGGCACGUAGCUGGGCAAGUGUCACUGAAACAGCAACAUCGAGGAUGCAUGUGGUGAAAGAAGGGAACAUGAGAAAAACAACAAAAUUUACAAACCAAUGAGUCAGUGAAAAGGCUUUUUUAAAAAUUCAGGUGACUAAAUAUCUAAGAGCCCCUAGAAUGCCAUUGCAGCUUAUGGUGGUAUUUUAAAUAAGAUUUUAUUAAUGUUUUAUAAGUUAUUUUAACAAGACAGGAAAAAUUUAAAAGACUUAAAACUUGUGGGUCACAGCAGGGUGGCUUUUGGAGUUUUGGACCACUUGAUAAUUAGCUGAAAUCCAAAUAUGUUACAGUGCAGGCCGUUCACGUUGACAAUGGUACUAACUUAUUUCUCUAGAAACCUUUAGAGUAGAUAUAUUUUUGUCAAAGCACCCCAUCCUUCCUCAAUUUAAAUUUCAAUAUUGUUCCUGGAGAUAUUUCUGUAUAUUAAUGGUACCUUUUUUAAAAGAAACAGAAAAUUACUUUUUUCUAUAUUAAUUAAUAUCUUACUUGAUCUGCUUUUCCUUGACUUUCCCUUAGAGAGGGGGUAGGGUUGGGUCAGUUUACUGGAUAUGACUGUUUUCAGAUACUUACAAACCUUUUUGUAGAUAUGCUUAAUUUUUAAGCGAUUAGGCACUGAGAGUAGCAGAAAUCCUGCAAAGCUUUAUAGUUCACUAGGCAUUUGCCUUUGUUGGUUCUAUGAGUGACAUCUUGAUUUGAGUAGCUAGAAUUUUCCCUGAAUCUACUAGAAGGGGUAUCAGUAUUUUCAGGUAACAAAGUCUGUUAGCACAACAAAAACUUCAGACCAAUAUCUUACUGUAUUGGGGUUGGGUUUUUUUCCUUGUUUGUUUUAAUUUUUAUUAAUUUCAGCUGCUUUCAUUUUGGAAAAUCUUACUGCUAUUGUGUGUACUUCAGUAUACCAGCAAACACUGUUACCUGUUAACACAUUGUCCACAAAUGCCUCUAGAGAAGAAAUUGUUGCACCUUAUGUAUAUCUCAAGCAAACCAAAAUAUGAUGCUUUUCUGCUUUGUUUAUUCUGAAUAUGUUGUAUCAUACUUUACUGAACCCAUUUUAACUUAGCUAAAGCUAUCAAUAUUUAUGCAUUUCACAUUAUUUUCUGGAUCUGAACCUGUGUAUAAAUCUUUCUUUGAAAAAAAAAAAAGACAAGCAUUUACUGUAGUUGUCCUCUAUGACUUAUCCAUGGGAGGGGGGAAUCUUGUCUCAAGUGUAAAAUGCAGUACUGUCCCAGUUUUUCUUGGCUUUUAUUUAUUUAGUCAUCUUCAGUAUUUCAUAGUUCUGAGGCAUAUGAAAUGCAUUGUCAUAGCUGAAGCUACAGAUCUAAGAAGCUGGGAGAAAAUUACUGUAAUGUCUUCUUAAUUGUUCUAGUACUGUAUACAAAUAUGGGAAAUAUGUUCUGCAGAACAUUUGAGAUGCAGAUUCUUAUCCCCACAGUAGGCUAUUUUCCAGGUAUUAGACCAAAUCAAUCAAAACUUCAUAUCUUACAGGUCUUUUUUGACUAAAUUAUUCUGAAAAUAUUUAUGGAGAUUACUUAAUGCUCUGCUUCUGGCAGUAAGUACCCCUUGAAUGUGCUGUGAUUUCAGAAAAGAAUAUAUUUAUUUAAGCUCUCUGAAUGCUCUUUUAUACUAAUAUGGUAUCCCAAAGGCAGGAGCAAGAGAUUUCUUGGUAGUUUGGGUUUCUAUUUUAUAGCAUUGGUGCAUGACCUUUGAAAUUAAAGUAAUAAGCUUUGUUGGAAAGGGGCACAAGAACAAGGGACUGGUAGAAGUGUGUGGAUUUGUGGCGUUUAAAUUCCAGCUUUGUAUUGUUGGGGUGAAAGCUGCCUUUGUAGCACAAGGCUGAAGAGCAUUCUGUAGUUUGUGUCAAGUAGAGAGUUGUAAGUCAUGUCAGUACAAGGGAAUGCCUUAUAGUUUGGAUGCUGUCUUUUGCAACAGGAUUGCAGCAAAAUUGAAGCAAUUUUAAUUUUCACUGCCUGUUUAGCUACUGUACAGAUACUGAACCAACUGAAAGCAAGUUAUAGACAUAGGGCAGCUAAGAGCAUGUAAGGAAAGCUGUCCUUUAUUCUCAGUAUGGCAACAUUGUGGCAACAAAGGAGAAUUAGAAAAGAAUUUAGAUGUGUAUAUAUAGGAGUGUGGGUGUGUGUGUGUGCGUGUGUGUGUGCGUGUACCUGUGUGUGCCUGGGUGUGUACAUUCUGCAAAAAAAUGAUGUAGGAAACCAGAAAAAUGAUGGGUCUACAAGACACUAUAAUGUAUGUUGACCCUUUUGAGUGCACUCCCUUUUUUUUGAAUGCUGAGUCUAAUAUGGCUACCUCUCCUAAAAGACUACUUUUGUUAACUUCCAUUUGCUUUCAGGCAUGAUCAUGUAAUCUUUUUGGCCAUUGAUACCAUUUGUAUAUCGCUGUGUGCUUCAUUUUCCAAGAGCAACAUUUAUAUAGAGCAGAUACCAUAAAGGCUGAAUAUACAGUAGUAGCCAAACUAUGUUGCUGGAGCAUUUUUGUUUAGCCUCUGCCACAGUCAUAUGGGUUGCAGGACCCACUGGCUCUGCUUGGUUCAGUAAGAUCGGUUUCUGUAAGAGCAGAAGAUGCGGUGCUUGAAGGGUGGUGGACUUGUGAUGUUUCCAGAGCUGUCGAGUAAGCCACAUGCUGCUCUUGAAACAACUUCUGGAGUUUACAUUCACAGUCCUGAUUUUGCAAGGAAACGUAACUGUGCAACUUGGGUGUUGUAUACCCUACAUUAUCCAUUAGAUGCUGUUUGUUUGCUGUGCUUGUUUGAUAGGUUGUAGAGCUCCUUUGCCAUGUUUUGCAAUACUCAUGGCAUUCUCCCUACCAUGUACAUAUUUUGAACUGUCAACUACAGCUGCCAGGAUGCCGAGGCCCUUCAGGACACUGAGUGCCAUGAACAAGUACAUAUUUAGGCUGUGAAAGGGUUACUUGCCUCCUCCCCUGAAUUCCCCAAGAAAAAGGCACAGUGAGGUUUAUGAUCUCACCAAAGUACUACCAUAGUCACUUACAUACUCAGUGUUCUGUACUGAAUUGACAACUUUGAAGAGGCUUAUAAGAUGGAUGUCUAUUUCAUGUUCCCCCACUAAUUCUUUGAUGGCAGAAAUCUAGGAAGACUUGAUGUGAGAUCUCCACUCAGCAACAUACCCAGGUUUAGCCUGGAAACCCUUCUUCCUUAAGGGGCAGCAUUGUGACAGUGUGGGAGCCCCAAUCACAGACCACUAUGCUUUUGGAUUUAAGCUUGGGCUUGCAUGGUGUUCCUGGGGGAAGCAUAUCAUCAUGACCUAUGGUGGUCAUGGUGACAUGCUUCCACCUUCACUGAGGUGGAAUUUUAAAACUACUGCAAAUAGCUUAACAUCUAUGGAGUUCUUCCAAAGAAUUACAUUGUAGUUUCUGAAUCUUGGCUGUUUAGCAUAUACCAGGAGACCUGCGCUGUACUCCACUGGACAAACCACAUCUAUUCAGGAAAACUGACUGGGCUCCCAAAUGUAAUGCUCAUCUGCUCUUUUCAGCUCCAAGCUGAAACCUUGUUUGCCCCUCAGUGCUGCUGUACUUCAAUCAGUGGUUGGGUCUUUGAGGGCAACAACAGCAGGAGAGGCAUGUACAUGCAUGUGUCUGCAUGUGUGUGUACGUACACACACACAGUGGAGUGCAGUGGCUUCCAGCAGGUACUCUGUGCUAAAGAGCUCCUGUGUUUGUUCAUUAAACAACUUUGAAGUUUUUCAGACGAUACUUUUCCAAUUUCCUUGCUAGAUUUUGGUGUCUUUUCUUCCCAUUAAACAGCAUAAGAUGUGAAUUUCAAAAAUCACAUAUGAAAAAGGCACAGAUCCUGCUGACCUGGAUGCUACAAAAACCUUCUUUCUCAGCAGUGCUUGCUUUUAAUAACCAGUAUCUGUUGACAGUUUCAACACAACUGAUUUGCUAUGAUCUUUUUUCUUGGAGCCCAAUCCUUCAACUUCUAUUCUCACAUAUAUUUCCACUCAAUUUCGACUUAGUAUAUAGUUCUAUUCUCUCCAGAGUUUGGGGUAAACAUGCCUUACAAUGGUUCAUCUCCAUCAAUGGUAUAAUAGAGCUACUGCCUUCUUAGUUGUGUGUAGUUAAGUCAGUAAGCACAUUUAUAGAAUGUCAUACUUUACUGAAAAACCUCUAAUUUGAUACUUCUAAGUGCACAUGUUAAGUCAUGUGUAUAACAUGCUAAAGUACAUCAAGCUGUGAUAAUGAAGCUGAAUAAAAGAUUUAAUAAAAUAUUUUAAAUAUUUGAUAAGGACCUUUAAAUAGAUUUCUUUAUGUUCAUUCUAUUUUGGUUAUCUAGUGUGUGCCUGUAAACAAUUUCCCAUUUAAAACUAAUGAUUGCAAAUAAAUACUAUUCAAAUGGAGCUUCUUUGAUACUUCACCUGCUUUACCAUCAAAUAAUUGUUUAUUUUAACAUAUGGCUGAGUUAGCAGUAUUUGCAGAAUUUGUUCUUAGUUACAGUACAAACUUGUUGGGUUGUUUAUAUUUAAACAAGCUCAUUUUCACCACAAAAAGGAAGAUGCCAAAACCCAGAGAUGGAUCCUCAGAGCUGUAUGCUGUAGUUUUCUGUCAGAUCAUCCACUCACCUUCUACACAAUGACUGUGAAGAUGUCAUUUACUUUGCAAAGAACUUCUGCCCAAUUGUUCUUCCUUACAUGUGUCUGUACUGGGAGCUUCCAUUUUAUUAUUUAAAACUUCUGAGCCUGGCUCAGCACUGUUGACAUUGCUUAGAAGCUCCACAGAUCCAGUCAGGUGCCCUGGAAUUCUGUGAACUUACAUUGCAUGAAGCUGGAGAUUGUGGGAUGGAGAGAGCCAGGACUCGGUGCAGUUAGACUUUUGAAGAAAAAGUUGGUUUUCUUCUGAGCUUCCUAGAUAUCCACUUCAUUUUUGUGGAUUUUGUUUCCUUGCACAGUUGGGAAGCUUGUCGAUAGUCAACAGUGAUAAAAGAGAAGUUGUCCCACAGAAGAAGUCCUUGCUAUGAUUUCAGUCUUUGGACAUAAGAGAACUUAGUAAUGGUUUAUCUUUUAGAAAUAAGUAGCAAGUGACAUCAAGUGACAUCAAUGCCUAAACAUAAAGGUAGUGGGUUCCCACUACUUUGGAAACUUGUUUGAACCAGGAAUCUGCUCUGCCCAUAUACUUUAUAGUCUUGAGGCUUGAAAAUUAGACUGUUUGAGAUCUUCUCUUUUUCUGUCCUUGGAUGCCUGAAACCUCCUUGAUUGCCAUGUAUUUUUUGAUCACAGAAGACCCUAGAACAGAUUUCAUGAAGCCAAUAGACACUGGCUGUUCAGAUGGGAGUAGAUCUGUCUCUGAGUCAAAAGCAGCAGAAGGGAAACAUUUAGGGUUUUUUUUAUCUAUGUGCUAUUUACUCAGGAAAGAAGAAACGUAUGCAAUUUUGCACUGCCUUUACUGGGUAUGCGUCAGUAUCUCUGCAAAGAAACACCAGGAAUGGAAGACCUUCAGCAUUAAAGGCCAUGUAAAGGUCAUGGGAAAGGGGAAGGAAAGUUCUGAAUCAGUGAGAAAAAAAAAGUGGAAGAAAUUUUAAGAAAUAUAUGUUCUGUCAGUAUCUGAUGCCCUGUCAGGGACCUUGAAAUCGCUAUUCAUUUUUUUUUAUUACUAAAUUACCUUAAAACAGUUGUCUUCAUUCCUUGAAGUCCCAUCUUUUCUCCUCUGUUUUCAUUUGGUUCUUCCAACUAAAAACCUGCUGAAUUCAGCUAAUUCUCAGUGCAUCUAGAUCUGGUUUGUUACCCAGCUCUCUCACUCAGGUUGUUUUUUCCAACUGCAUGGCAUUUCCACUGACUCUUAACUGUCAGGUAAGGUAAAUUUCCAUUAAUACUUCUGGAAAAACACAGGAUGAAAAGGCAUCAUCCAACUCAAGCACCAUGCUUUGCUAGACACUGCUCUUCUCCCCUCGAUACCAUUGUUGGGUCCCUUUCAUUGUUCAUUCUGGAGUUUUUGGAUGUACAGCUAACCCUGCUUUCAGAGAGACUUUUUUUUCCUACAGUGUGACAACAUGGAGUGAGACACAGUAUACCUGGGCAUACAGUAGCCAUGCUAUACACCAGCUCAUGUGGCUGUCAGUUCUCCAGUAGGACACUAGCACUUUGUGACAAAAUAUGAGAUGCGUUCCUAUCUCUGCUGCAAAGUUCUGUUUUGUUUUGUUUUCUGAAAUAAAACCUGUAAGAUACAACAUCUACCUUCUAUCCAGUGUCAAAUUCUUUUUUUUUUUCUUUUUUUUUCUUUUUUUUUUUUUUUGUGGACUGUUCUUGGCACAGCAACAGUAAGAAAUUGAGCUGUAAUAGAGUUGUAUUUAAAAUAUACUUGAAAUUUCAUCAAGGCUUUAUUGAUUGUUUUCUGAUUGAAGAAUUAUUAGAUGUUCAGCAGAAGUGCACUGGCCCACAGUGUCAUUGCUGCAAGCCUAGCUGAAAUUCCAUUUGAACAUCCAAAACAAAAUACAAAACAUGUAUUCCAUAUAGAGCAGCACUUUAGCUUAUUUGUCAUCCUGUGAAACAAGAGGAACUAAUUGAAAUAUACCCAAAAGUCAAGCUGGUUGAGUCAGAAUGACAUGCUUAGCAUUGCAGCACACUAAGAGAAGGCAGGUUGCUAUCAAACAACAUCCAAUUUAAGAAAACAAAAAGGGUGGGAAAGAGAAAACCUGAGGUCCUGGGAGGUAUCCUUCCAAUCCAAAAGAAGUUUUUGGAGUACAUCUUUAGAGUACAAGUUUCAUAUACGGCCCACCAAAGGCUUCCCAGUUACAGCAGACCAUCAGGCUUCAGUCAGACCAGUCUGAGCAUCAAUUUCCUUCCUUCCUAUUAAGGGUGGGUUCCCUUAAUACCUGGUCAGCACAACUGGGUUAUUAAAACACUCUGCUGUUUUUAGGAGUUUUAGGAGAAUUUUUAGGAGAAUUUGGAAAUCAGAUAGUGCCAAUCUGUCAGUAGUUUAGGCUACAUAGUUUUGGUUUUGAUGUCCAAUAAUGGCUUUUGUAAUGGCUUUGGAGUUUGUGUAUUUUCAGUCUUGCAAAACCAGUGUCAUUGAUUCAGGCAGCCUGCAGCUUGCCAUUGGCAUCAGUCAGAAUGAUGUCAUUUGAAGCAAAUUCGCUGCACAUCUCUCUCUUGAGAGACGAUUCCCUGUUACAUUCGUGAUUCAUCUGGUUUGGGACUCCCAGCUGUGGCGUUUCUCAUGAAGGUGGGCUCUGGCAGGGGGAGGUUCUUUUGCUACAAGCCUGUCCAGGAUGGCAAAAAUCUUGUCAAUGCCUCCAUAACUUUGUGUGGGCUCUGUGCUUGCCUGCAGCUGCUGAGAUAGAUUUUUGUAAUACAAAGUGAAACAAACCCAGCUGGGAACUCGAUGGUGAAGUUGGACCUUCAUGAGUUUCCAGGUUUGAGUAGGCGGUACAGAGAUUGACAGGUUGUGGCAACAAGGCUGUGUUUGCUUUUGUUUUGAAGAGCAGAGUUUUCUAGCAGAACUAAGGUGUCAGGGAAGUUACCAUCACAGCAGAUGGACAAUUCAUUGUCUUCAAGAGGUUCCAAUUUCAAGAGCAAGAUUUGCCAAGUUGUCUAAAAAAAAAGCAGAAAUUACAGUUUAAGUCUAUUUCUUGGAAUGGAUGCUGUGUUUUGCUUGAGUGACUGUAGCAGUAACUUUUCAUUACUCCAGUUAGAAGUAAUAUGUGAGCUGCUUAAGGGGUGAUGCAAUUUGAAACCAUCCCAUUACUCCCAGAUGACUGAUGUAUUUGGCACGUGGUGUAAGUGUCACUAAUGAGUGCUUCCCUGCAAGUACAUCAUAAAUAAUAUCAAGUGCUCAUCCUUAUUUGAAUCAGUAAUUAAGAAAAUUCUUCUUGCUGUCCUAAGGAAAUACACCUUGCUUGGCUGGCACAAGGCAUAGUUGUACAUUGGAAAGUAAUGGAGGGAAGCAUUUGCUGUGUGACUGUUUGAUCUUGAUAAAUAAUUUUUUUUCCAAACAUCUUUGCUAGUAAUUGUCUGUAGUGCACCAGAUUUAGGACAUAGUUAAUUGAACUCUGGGAUCUUUCAAAGUGAAGGUAACUACAUAUUUCUCAUGCAGAAAUCCAUGCCAGCAAGGAAGUCACUUAGGGAUGAAGGGUUGCAUUUUUGAAAUAACUAAUUUAUGUGGAUUUUACUCAUGGUAUGUUUCAUGGGUGAGAACCUUGAAAACAGCAUAAUACACAAGAGUCAGUAUAAGAGCAUUAGUUUCAUAUUCCUAGAUUCUGUUAAUCUACAACUAAUUUAAAGAACCUACACCAAAAAAUAGAUAUUUCCUGUUCCACCUUGACAUGGUGGUUGUUUAGUUAAAGGCCAAGGGUUGCCAGCAGGGAUUUAAAAGCAUCUUUAAUGAUGAGAUAAAAAUGUAUUCUUAAAUAGAAAUUUCUGAGCUUUUCGACUACUCAGAAAAUACUCAGUGUGCUUUGCAAGAAGAGCAAUUUUUUAGUACUUUUGAUAAAUAAAACCACAAAUAUAGCUAUUUCAACAAUCUUAAGAUAAAUAGAAAGUGGCAAAUGGAAUUUUUUAGAUGCUGUGAGUUGCCUUGGACAUAGAUGGGAGUCCCUCAGCAGUGCUGGCUUGUCACACCUGACAGUCCUUGUGGGAGGAUGUGGUGGUGUGCCUGGAAUGUGCAUUUGUAUCCAGCAGUAAACACCAUCCCACUAAUCUCAGCCGCUGGAAAUCCGUUUCCAUCAAGAUACCAGGGAUAUGAACAGCAUAAAAGCUGUUUAAAAAGAACUGGUCGGGUUUUUUGUCCCACUGAAAAUGUUGUAUAUUUGGUAGAGAGAGAUCUCUUCCUUGGAUGGUUUUCUUUAUGUUGUUGCAGGAAGUUGAGAACACCAAGCUUCACUUGCAAAUCUUUCACCUUGCUUUUCAAUUAUCUUGCCUUUUUCACCUCUCUUUUUUUGAGAGGCUGAACGCUUGGUAGACAUCAGUAGCAAAACAUACCACAGAUUUUCAGUGGGAUGGACAGUAUCCCACACCUCCCCAAGCAUAACUCAGAAAAACCUGCAGUGGUUUUUUAAUUUUAACAACAGUUUUCCUGAGCUCUGGCUGUGCACCAAACACAGCUUCUGCAAAAAGAUGGGCAGAGGGGGUGGGAUCCUGCUGGGAAGUGGAUAGAGCAGCAGAGCUGGACUCCCCAGGCCUUUCUUGUGCCCCAGGUCUCUGUGGGAAAGCCCACCAGUGCCAGAGCCAGGUACCCAGCAGGUUUUUGAAACCUGAUAAAUUAUUUCCUCCUCCUAGCAGUUUAUUGUGAGAGUACAUUCACAGUUUAUGGGAAUUUGGCCUGGUUCAUUUUUUAAUGCAUGGCUUAAGUUCACUUUUUUUUUUAAAGCCAAACCAAACCCCCUUCAGUAGUGCAUAUUAGACCUAAAAGAACUCAUGCUAAGCCUUAACUUGCAAAAUGAAACUCAACACAUUUCUAAAUUUCUUUAUUACAGGAGGAAAAGGCAGCCCCCAGACAAUUACACUUUUUUCUCCAUAAUUACAGAAGAAAUCUUCAAAUAAACCUAAUAUUUGUUUUUCCAGGUACUUUGCUCAUGCAGCCUCGCCUAAGGCAGCAGGCACACGUGGGGGCAGCCUGUGGAAUCAGGCAUGCAGCAUUAUGGCUUUCUCUCCAGUGGAGGCACCCUGGCCAUCAGAAAGCUGUGCAGCAGCCCCACUGCAUCCAAAGGGAUGGGAUAAGGGAUGCCAGCUGCUGCAGACCACUGCAGUUUGAGUCGCACCUGUGGGGUUCAUGUAGCCAAGGGCUCUUGCCCUGCAUGUCUUGUCAGUUUGUAAAAUGUUAUUUUGAUUUCUGUGCCUUUGACCUGCUUGUGUUUGAAAGCUGUUCUAGGCACUUUGCAUGGCAGAGGUUGUGUUGGCAGAGAUUGGCAGUGGAAGCACCAGAUACUUGCUGUUGUAAACGUCAUCCUUCUCCUUGAAAUACUGUUGUGAUGGUGGCUGUCUCAAGGCUCUGUGCAAUGGCGUAAUUGCUUUUGUAAAGACAUUUUUUAUCCUCCUGUUAUUGUUACUGAGCACUGCUUUCAUCAAGAAACGUGAAUUGGGGAAGGAUGCCACAGACUUUGACAAUUAAAUCUGUCCCUAGAUGGUCUUUUUUCACCCAUGUGAAAUUUAUACAUAGGGGUGGGAGGAUUAACUCAGGGUGCAGACAAGCCUGUAAGGAAAGACCAGCACCUCCAUAAAUCAAAUUCUGCAUUUUGUGCUUGUGUUUUUAAGUCACUAAAGUAAUUGCUUACUGCAGAAAUGAUGAACAGAUGGAUUCCCACUGCCAUCCGUAGGUGAGCAUGGCAGACCAGUGUGGCUGCUGCUGUUUGUUCGCUUCCUUUCCCUCCUUGUGGGUGGACUGCUGUUACAUUGCUGCAUUGACUGUGCCCCAAAAGCCAGCUGAGAGGAGCUGGGGUGGAAGGUCAGCUUUGGGCAAUCACGUUACGUGAAAGGCAGCAUUGCACAUCAUCACCACAGUAGGGUUGGUGUUUCCCAUAGGUCUUUCAUCUUGAUGUUCGUGAGCACCUGUUUUAAAAUGCCCAGGCUCCUAGCUUGACUUUUUUUAAUUUUCUUACUUUUUUUUUCAAGACAGAGUUAUGUUUCAUGUAAACCACAUAAUUAUUUGGGCUACUUGUAGCAGAUUUUAGAAACCAGAUGCUCCUUGAGUGCCCAACCCAUGCAAUCCAUGGGCAAGAGCCAGUGAAGGGUAUUUAAAAGAGGCAGUGGUUCUUGUCAGUGUGGGGUUUUCUUGUUCAUUAUCAACUUGUCUCAAGAUAGGUCAACACUUUUAAAGAUGGAAAAAGGCUGAAGGAGGGCUUUCUGUGACAGCUUUUGAAUGUCAGGGUGGAGAUUUCUCUAUAUUCUUCUUCGUUUGCUGCUCCCCAUUUCCUUCUUUUUUCAGGGUGAUUAUAGAAUUAGACAGGGUUUUGGUGGUGAGUGAGGAAAGUGUAAGCUGACUCUUAAUAGGAUGUCUGAAGUGCUUGUGUGUGUUCCUGGACUAACAGCAAGCUAAGGCAGAAAACCAAACAGCCAGACAGGAUGUUAAACACAUCCUGGGUUGUAGCAGGAUGAGAUCUUCGCAUUAUUUACUUGGUGCAGAGUCACAGGGCCAAAAGGGACUUGGAGACAUCAGCUAGACAUUUUCCAAGGCAGAUUAAGCUAUACUUAGCACAGACCUGAUGGUGAUGGGUGAGUGUUGAACUUGUCCUUGAAAGCCUCUAAUAGUGGAGAAUCAGCAAUUUCCCAUGCUGUUUUUUCCAGUGUUUGACUGUCUUUUUGAUGGUGGUUUAUUCCCCCAGUGCCUAAGUACAAAAUUUUAGGGUAUAGGAGAAAAAGACAGUGCCCUCAAAUGACAUUAGAUUGAGGAGCAUUUUAGCUGUUUUUAUAAAUGCAACCUAAAAAAUAAUGGUCAGAUAAAAUCUGAGACAAGAUUUUCAAGGAGCACCAGCCCAAAUUUGCUCACUACAGGACUCCUUCAUGCCUUUAAAAACCUCUUUCUUCAAAUGGUGUGUCAGGUUGAUGGUUAAUAGCCAUAUCAGAAAGGUUCAGAGACCUUUCUCCUCAUGCUGUGUUUUCUAUCCAGUAGUUGCCUUCAAUUUUUUUUUACAGAAUUCAGACGGUGAAAAAACAGAAAGCCAAACCAAAAAAUCCCCAGCCCCAAACCAACCGAGCUUGCCAUCCUUUUUCCUUGCUACUCUUUUCAGAUACUACAAGGCCAUCAGUAAAGCCAUAUUACAAGGAGGAAACCAAAGGAGAGUAUAAUCCAUUUAUUUAGGCAGUGCUUGUGCCAGCCGCAGCAAAAAGCUGGAGAGCCAGCAGGGGCCAGAGCUGGCCUUGGCCUACAGCUGUCCCACCCCUGCUGCCUCCUGCCUUGGAAACAGCCUUUUCCUAGCUGUCCUCUGGUGAGAUGCUGCUGGCAAGGCAUCACCUGUGCUUGCAGCAAGCUCCCUGCCUGGGCUCUGGUGCAGCCUCUCCCUGAAGAUGUGGGAAAAGCUGCGUGCAGUGGCGUUGGCAGUGCAGGGACCAGGACAUGCCUGGGUCUCUGCUUCAAACAGGGAGACCCAUGCUGUGCCUGCAGUACUCUCUCCAGCUCCAAACUAGGACUAGUGGAAUAAUUUUGAAACCGUUUGGAGACUAAUGGAGCAGGGCCAGUGUGUUACAAGAGCUGUGCACUCCCCUGUUACCUCUGCAGCAGUUUAGCUGGGGCAAUGACACAGUUUAUUGAGGAGUCUCUGGGUGACAGUCCCUGCUGAGAGCCCAUCACUGGAAAUAGGCACCCAGUGGGGAAGCAAAGGGUAGAGCACGUCCCUCAAGCUGGGCAGUUGCCUUCCUUUCCUGCCUGUUGUGGUUCAUCAGGAGGCUCAGCCUGGACUCUGGUCACUGUGCCUGGUGCCAGGGCUUUGACGUGUUCACCAGAAGUUGCAGGCUUGCAAGAAAUGGGUUGGCAAAUCUCUGACACUCUCCUGGUCCAGGCACCAGGCAGAGAUCACCCAGCCAUGCUGGCAUGUGCUGGGACCCACAGCCCUGCUCUUCUGCGUGGCCACACGAAGCUCCAGGGGGAGAAGGCAAUGGCCAAGCCCCUGGUCCCCAUGGCACUGGUGCCUCCUGCAGUGCACAGCAGCAGCCCUUUGUAGCCCCACAGUGCUGUGGUCAGGGCCAGCACGCUGCCCAGGGCUGCCAGGGCUGGAGCUGCAGCCCUGCACAGCCACGGCCCAUGGCCCCAGGCAGUGCAGAGGGACCCUGCUGCCAGAGACAUUCAUUGCCUGCUGUGGUGCCCCAAGGUCCCACUGAGCUGCUCCAGGUGGUGGCACAGGGCUGGGCACUGACAGCCAGGGAGCCACAGCAAAGCAGCACAGGGAUUGUGUGCUGUGCUGAAGAGCUGAAACAACCACUGGCAGGACACAAAGCUGAGGCUUCCUAUGGAUGUUUGCUCCAGGUGACAUCUGGCCCCAGUUAUGGGCAUGGCUAUGGCAAGGAGCUUGGGUGGAUGGGGCACCCAGGUCUGUUCAGUUCCAGGAUGAGCCUUGGAUGAAAUCCCUGUACUGACCAAAGACUGACUUUGAAGGGCAGUAUCUCCACAGGCAACCUCCUGCAGAAGUUGGCAUUCUCCAAGCACUGAGAGAGAAAAUAUUUAAUGGUUUAAAAAGGAAUAGGGGGCAAUGGAGCAGUUUAGAAAAUGCAAUUUCUUCAACAAGUUUGUGAUUGAAAGAACUGGCACUAUAAAAGGGGAAGCCAAACCUGUGGGAGGGAUGAAAUUAAUUUUCCCCAAGCCCAAUAAUCACCCUGGCUUAGAGCUAGGAGUUUUUGCUCCUGUGAAAUAUGGUGCAUGCCCAUCAGGCUGUACUUCAGUUGCAAAUUAACCACUACGUUCAGUAGUCCUUGCUUUCACCAUUAAUGUAGUCUUUAGUGAUGCCUGGGGAAGGAAAAGUGUUUUCCUCCAUGUUUCACAGUUUUUUUCCUGCUCCCAUAGACUCUCAAUCCUUUGUGCUCCCCUUGAUUUGCUCAGCCCUGGGAACCCUACCUGGAAUAAGCAAAAACAAGUUACAGUGGAGACAAAAGUGACAAAAAAAUGUUGCACUUUACAGCAGAUCUACCAGAGUCAACUAGGGUAUGAUUUCCAAAUUAUACUCUGUUACUCAGUAGUCAAAAAACACAAGACCAACCAGUACAGAUGAAUAUUCACCUGAUUUUACAGUGUAAUUGCUUCUCACUUAAAAUUUGUCCUUUUUUUCCCCUUUCUCCCAGCAUAGCAACAUGCUUCCUAUUUUCCCUGCUCCUGAGUAUCAGCAUGUGCUUUGAGUCCUGUAGAGCUGGAGAGGAAUUACUAACAGAACUGAAAAAUAACUGAUCCUUUUACCCUUGCAUGCACAAAAUUCUUAGCAAAAUACAAAAAAAAAAGGCAUUUCUCUUGUGUUGUGCUUGCACAGUGUCAAUGGCAAAGCAAAGUCUAAGGGCAUAAAUAAGGUGAAGUGAUGCUCUGUGGUGAUGCAGAGACUGAAGUGACUGAGUUUUAAACAGUGUCCCUACACAUUGUCCCUCCUGAUAUGGGCAUAAAGCUCAGCUUCCAGCUUUUGUGUGCACCCCUCUCCUUGUGGUACUUCCUUGCCUGCUCCCAGUGGGUACCUGGAUGAGACAAAGGAGAAUACCUGCUGCUUGGAUAGCUAAGAUUUCUUCUGAGCUCGCUUGAAAUCCCAGUCAGGAACUUUCUGUCUUCACUGUUUUGUAAUCAAAGAUGCAGAGGGCACAAUUCAGUGAGGAUGCAUUUGCUGGGCUGAGUGCUCAUGCUAUGUGUGCUCUGGGGUACAGACCAUCCUUCCUUCCCUCACACUGCAAAACAUCCUGCUCCAUCAGGGCAUCCUUCUUUCAAAUACAUAUUUUUAAGCUCCCCUCUCAAAAUGUCAGAAUUAUUAGGGGAAACUAUUUGUUUAUUGCCACACUUUCUUUGAUAUAUCUCUUGUGCUGUAUCAAAGAUGGCUUCUGUUGAGUGUGUGCUUUUGUUCACAUGUUGGAGCUUGCUCUGGAGUUGUUUCUGCCUGGCUGGGGGGCCCAGGGAACAGAGGGGUCACUUGUGCAGGUGGGACUAUGCUGAGUCACACGGGCAGGGUCCUGGUUUGGCAGGAAAUGCAGCAGGCAGUGGGGGAGACCCUCAGCCCUGGUGUGGUACCUGAGGCAGAACAGCUGAGCGUCGGGCUGUGGUCACUGAUUUGGGAAGAGGCUUCUAGAAACCCUCAGGCAGGGAGUGUGUUAAGUGACAUCUGUGUCAUGAACAAGAGUGAUGUGGCAUCUCGUGUGAGCAGUGAGGGUUGGGCUGAGAGCAAAGGGGCCUCACCUCCCCAUCCCUGUUUUUAGGAGCGAAUCCAUUGGAAGGGGCACUGUCUGUCUGCAUGUGCGUGCUCCCACUUUGCCUUUGCGAGUGUACCCCAAGACACAAACAGACAGGGAGCAGAUUGGAAAAGGGUGGCACAAAAGGCACUCUAUGCCUUACUGGGCCUUUAUGGUGCUCCCUGCAAAUGUCUCUCCCUUCCUCCUCCCCUGCUGGCAGUUUGGGCUCGGCUCUUGGGCAGCAGCAGCAGCACACAGUGCUCUGCUCCCUGCCUGCUGUGGGGAGCACGAGGCUCACGUGGCCCAGUUGGAGAUUUGACCAAAUCGUGUUAAAAGUAUUUCCUCAAAUAGUCAGUUUUAAUUUUAAUAAGUCAUAUUUAGCCUUAAGGGCAUUGGCUGUGUGAAAGGGAAAGGGUUAUGUCCUGGAAGCAAAGUUGGAUGAAUGAGUGCCUGUGAAGGGCUGCUGAGAGCUUGGUGUGGGCUGAGAGGCAUCACAUCUUCCUCAAGAGAGAGGAGCCCUUGCCAUGUGGUUGAAAAGCAUGGUGGGAUUGACAGGGGAAGCACUUUGACUGAGAAAUGUUCUUUUAGAUUAAACAACAAAUUUCUGCAUGCACAUACAGACUAGAUCUUCGUAACGCGGCAGGCUUUGACAGUGUACUGCAGCAUUAUUGCUAUUUAUAAUCGACAAUUACUAACACUAUAAUCCAGUAAAUUUAGUGGUAGCAAUUACAGCAACAUAAAUAGCAAUCCAGAUGACUAAAGGCAUUGCUGUCAAUGCAGGUGGCAGCUAUAACAUUAGGCAAAGAAGUUGGAGGGAAGAUAUCAGGACUCAAUGUGUGAGCUUGGGUCUGCUAGUCUUUUAUAUACCAUUUUUAAUAUACUUCCUGAAAUGAAGCUUCAGAAAGGUACACUGCCUCUUUAAAAUUAGUCUAGGAACUACAGGUAGUUCACAUUAUUUUUAAAAUAAUAAAUCUCUAUAUAUAUAUCUAUAUUAAAAUAUAUAUGUAUACAUAAGUUUGCUAGCCUACCUUGUGGAAAGGCUGCAGCUAAACUAAGUCUGAGCUAAUAUUGUAUUACCAUGGUCCUCUGGUUUGUAGAUAGCCCUUCCUUAUUAGAUGAGGUUCUGUUCUUGCUCCACAGAAGGUGCCUGUGUAUAUAACUCCUUUGUAUUGCUUUCUGCAGAGUCCCUUAUAUAUUUCUUACUACUAAUGCUGUGUCGAAAAGGAAAUCCAGAGAUUUUACUACUGAUAAUUAACCAUUAAUGGCCAUUAGCAAAAUAAAGAUUUAGUUGUUUGAGAAACAGAUUAUUUAUAUUGUGUAUGGUUUAUUGCCUGAUAACUUGUUUGGUGACUGGAUAUUCUUUUCCUUCUCCUGGUCCUUUUCUGCUUUUUCCAGCUAUGGUGUUUACUCCUCACUUUGAUUAUCUAGCAGGCAAUAAAGUAUAUUGUAUGUUUUGAA